AUGCAAAUCCGAAGAUCAAAGAAAAACCUAAUGGCUUCUUUGUUAACUUAUGCCACUGUCUGCUUGCUACUGUUCAUUGUGGUAGGCUCAACUCAUGCGCACCUUGGUCUACCACCCAAGGUUUUUGAUGUGACCACCUAUGGUGCUGUGGCAGAUGGAAAAACUGACAAUGCUAAGGCAUUUUUGACAGCUUGGACGGAUGCAUGUCAAUGGAAGGGAAGGAGUAGGGUUUUGAUCCCAUCAAAAGGGACGUACGUGUUGAGUUCUAUGACUUUUAAGGGUCCAUGCAAGGGUCCGAUAUCAGUGUUGAUCAAAGGGGUGCUUAAGGCUCCAUCUGAUCCAUCCUAUGGUGACCAUUGGAUCACCUUUCAGUACAUUGAUCGAUUGGUGGUCAAAGGUGGUGGUACUUUAGAUGCACAAGGAACGUAUGCUUGGUCUCACAAUGAUUGCUCCAAGAAUUCGCAGUGCAAGGCUCUUCCUGUUUCAAUGGCGUUUGAUUAUAUCAGCAAUUCAAGGGUACAAUAUUUGAAAUCAAUCGACAGCAAAAGCGUCCAUUUCGAUCUUUUUGAAUGUAGUUACAUGAACAUCAGUAACAUUAGGUUAACAGCCCCGGAUGAGAGCCCCAACACCGACGGUAUCCGAAUUGGAAACUCAAACAACAUCAAGAUCUCCAAUAGUGUCAUAGGCACCGGUGACGACUGCAUUGCCAUGAUCUCAGGCAGCAAAGAUAUCGACGUCUCCGGCGUUACCUGUGGCCCCGGUCAUGGUAUUAGCAUUGGGAGCCUCGGGAAGUUUCAGACUGACAAUAAAGUCAGCGGAAUUACAGUAAGAAAUGUCACUUUUACCGGUACCCAAAAUGGCGUGAGGAUCAAAACAUGGGCACCCUCUAAUCAAGGCUUUGCGGAGGAUUUUACUUUCGAAAAUUUGGUGAUGAAUAAUGUCUACAAUCCAAUCAUCAUUGAUCAGCACUACUGUCCACGGGCUAAUUGUGAUACCAAGGCUCAUUCUUCGGUUCAAAUCCACAAUGUGAUGUUCAACAACAUCCGGGGUGUUUCGAGUUCUAAAGUUGCAGUUGCUCUCAAUUGUAGCAGCUCUCAUCCUUGUGAGGGCAUAAAGCUUGUGGACAUCAACUUGACCUACAAUGGCCGCGAAGGCGCACCGUCCAUGGCACUGUGUUCGAAUGUUCACGGUGAAUCCUCAGGCGAACAGAAUCCUCCCAGUUGUAUAUAG